GUAAAUUAGAAAUUAGACAUCCCAAAAACAGUAGUGGAGUGAGCUCUCUGUCGUCAACAAAACCUUCAGAGCCGUUUCUUUCCAAAUCUUUUUUUUCUACUUUAGCACCGUGCUGGACGGAUCUGCCAUAGAGGAUAUAUGUUUGGUAAAGGUGCGAAGCGGAAGCUGGACGAGGAUGAAGAGGGGCUGGAAGGCAAAACGAUGGAGGCGUCGGUGGCGGGAGGGGGACUAGGCCUCUGUCCGGAAGGCCUUUCCAAGGUAUCGUACACCCUUCAGCGGCAGACCAUCUUCAACAUCUCCCUGAUGAAGCUGUACAGCCAGCGGCCGCUUGGUGAGCCCAGCCUGGAGCGCCGAGUCCUCAUCAACAACAUGCUGCGACGCAUCCAGGACGAACUCAAGCAAGAAGGCUCCCUCCGGCCGCUGCUCCUGCCGCCCUCGCCGCCGCCCGACGACCCCAUGGAUGAGGGCUACCGCGAGGCGCCUUCCUUCGGUGUUUUGUCAGCGGCGGCGUCGGCUCAGGGGCCCCAACCUUCUGCGCUGCUGAUGCCGGUGAUCGUUCCGCCGCCUUCACCCCACCCGUCGGUGCCUCCCACCUGCCAGACAUCCCACGCCUGUCCCGAUCGUGUGGAGGCCUGCCCCGCCCCUCUGGAAGCCUGCCUCACUCCAGCCUCCUUACUGGAGGAGGACGGUGGAGAUUCAGCCUUUUGCGCUCCGUCUCCACCCACUCCUCCUCUGUCGCCUCCUCCUGCGCAGCCUCCACCGUUGCCGUCGGCCCUUCUGAGCCAGGCGUCCCCCAGGGUCCCUGUGCCUGCCUCGUCCAAUGACGGUUUCGCCUCCGCUCUGAGUGACAUGGAGUUGGGUCCUCCCACAGCCAUAACAAGGACAGCAGCAGCUAAUACUACGACCGUGACUACCUCCCCAACUCCCAUGCCACUCACCCAGCCCUCCCACUUAGCAGCCCUGUCCCCAGCACCGAUGGGACCACCCAGAGACUUCAGAGCCGUGGGUGCUAAACCAGAGGCAGCUAGCGUCUUGCUAGCAGAAAGCCGCUGUGCCGAGCUUCGGCCGCUGGACACUCUGCCCACACUGCCCCCUGUAGGCCUAGUAGACAUUUCCUCCUCUCCUUCCUCCUCUCCCUCCUCUUCCUCCCCCUCGGGGUUUCUCUCAGACUUGGCGCUGGACGAUGUCCUGUUCGCCGACAUCGACACGUCCAUGUAUGACUUUGACCCCUGUACGACAGCGGGGGCUGUCGGCAUGACGGCGGGCGGUGGCCUCGCCAAACUGUCGCCGAUGGUGACGGCGGACGACCUCCUCAAAUCACUGGCGUCGCCGUACAGCGGCCCCGCCCCCCAGGUUUCAGCCAAUCAGCCUUUCAAAAUUGAUCUGACAGAACUGGACCACAUCAUGGAGGUGUUGGUGGGUUCGUGACUAGCAGACACCACCUUUGAAACACAAAGACAGUUUAAUACGGAGAACAGACUGGAAUGAAAAUUUGGGAUGAAUUUAGGGUUUUUCCUGGUUGUUCUUUUUAUGUUUGUUUUUAAAUAACUCUCUUUAAAGGUCGGUAAUUGUAAGCAUCGAUGGUGAUGUCAAUUAGUACUACUAUGACAACUACUACUACUACACAACACUGUGCAUGCACUGUGCUCGCCUUUCCAAAUAUGGAAAUGAAGUAACCGGGAAACAAAGACACACAUAUGUUUGUAUUUCUAUACUUGUGAGGACCUCCAAUAACUACAUUCAUUCCCUAAUUUAAACCUAAUCCUAGUUCUAAUCUUUAACACGGACCUAAGCCUUAACCCUGAAAAGUUACUGUAAAUACAAAGAAAUGAGGACCGGCAGAUUGUCCUCAUUCUGGAGGAUCUUUGCAAUCAUUCUAUCCUUGUGAGGACAGUUAGUCCUCACAGGUAUAGAAAUACAAGUAAGCACACACACACACACGCACACUCAUACACUCACACACACACAUUGGAUUCAUGGCUUUUAGCAGAUGAGUGCCUUUCAAAAUGACCACUUAUUCAAUUCCUGUUUUUACAGUAUUUGUCUGUUUUUCUUUCUUUUUUUCCUAGAUCUUUUCACUUUAACAGCCUAGAGAGGUCACUCCCUCAACAUUUUUAAUUUAUUCUAUUGUAUUAAAAACUGUUAUUAAGUGAGGUAAUUUCUCAUGAUCAAAUAAUAAUUAUUUAAUCUUUUAUCUUAUUACAGAUGCUGUUUUAUUUGAAAAGCGAGCAUAAUAAGUUUUUAUGGAAUACAUUGUUUUACCAGUGUGCUACAUAUUAGCUUGGCUAUAUAAUUACGCUUCGGCAAUAGCUCUAAAAACACAUAGUGGUUUGUUGAAGCCCUUUUGAUAGAAGGAGGUGUCUGUUCUUGUACACAUUAUGUUUAUGAAUUCAGUUCAGGUUUUUAUGUGUUUUUUCUUUACCUUUCUAAUUGGCAGGCACGUAACUGUGUUGGAUGCUAUUUUACAUAAGCCCGGUUGUAUGGGCUAGUUAUCAUGCUUCAGUUUCAGCAGAAUUCAAAUGAGCUACACCCACAGGAACGUGUUUAUAUUGGAAGCAGCAGCAGCACCAACACAGAUCUUAGUGGGAUGGAGAACAUCUGAAAAGUCCAACUUAAGCAGACUCCAAACACCACUCUCCACCACAUGCUUUUUUUUUCUUUGAAUGCUUAAUUUGGCUUUACAGGACACAAAAGAAAUGUCACAAAUUGCAGCACCAUUGGUACUCUGUAGGUUUCUUAGAAUA